UUCGCGUAUAUCUUUGGCAAUACCUGGAUUUCCUUGUAUCCGGGCUAAUUCUGCCUUAAUCUAUAUAAUAAUUUCAAAAAUAAAUAUUAUAGCGACACUAAUAUGGAGUAUUAAAAUGAUGCAAAGGUUGCUAAAAAGGUACAUAAUUUGAUUAAGUUCUCGUAGUUCUUGUUAUAUUUUAGGUGGUUCUAUAGUACCAGAGGGUGAUGUUUUAUGUGUACAGUAUGGUACAUACAAUUUUAGACCAAACCACAAACAUUGUGAAAAAUACAACUUAGUCCUUCGACAGAAAUUGAACCUCCCUGCAUGCCUCUGUCAUUGCACAGCACAUAAAAUGGAAUUACCUAAAUUUUUCUCAAAGUUCCAGGUUUGUCGAAAACGCACAAAUCACUUGUAAGUAAUUUCUCUGCGUGAUAAGUGCUGUGUUAUAAAACAUAACAUUGAUGUGCUAGAAAUGGUCAUAAAACCUUAACGUGUAAUUUGAAAUGAUGUACAUCACUUAGCAAAAUAAGUUAAUAUACCUGAAUCCCUUUGUCAUCUUUAAGGAAAGGAUAAUCCUGGAGCAGCUUAAAAACACGUGUAUUCUCUAAAAGAACAUCCCUCCUUCGCUUUGGAUAUGUGUUGUCCAUCAAUACUUUCACCUGGACAGAAUCUCGUGAUCCCUUUCGGAACAUUUCAACCAACUUUUGUCUCUGUAUUUCCAAUGUUUCAUUUGUUCCUCCGUCAGGAAUGAAAGGAACAGUGUUGUUUUUCCCUUGCUUCUUCUUGCGACCUGGUUUUCCUUUAAGAACCACGAUACCAUCUGCCUCCAACGCUUUUCUCUCUGCUUUUGCCAACUUUUUCUUCACAUUGGCAAAUCUUUCCUGAAUUUUCUUUACCCAUAUUUGCUAUUAUAUUAGAUAAAAAAUAAAAGAGGCAAUAAUUAUUAUAGAUUGGAAGGCAUUGGCAAAUACAUCCACCUGACCUGUGUGUGAAAACAUUUUUGUUUAAAUACUGUGGUACUGAAACUUACAUGACCAGCACCAAAUGAUCCUUUCAGGAAAGGGUAUUUCAUUACAAGCUGAAGAGCAAUGUGGUUUCUUUCGGCAGCAACAGGAUAGGAAGUAUGAGCCAUUAUCGAGGUGCAAAGCUGCCUUAUUAAGGCAUUUUUUUGCAAUGGACUCAAACUGCCUUUGCUCAAACCAUGUUCGAUAUCUGGUUCCCACUAGAGAUCAAUAACAAAAAACUAAAUUAUUCUUUAAUUAUACAUAACAGUUUAAUUAUAUCAAAUUGUCUAGCCUCGUACACAAAGGCUCUCGAUCUUCUCUCCGGCUUGAAUUGAGACUCUGGUAUCAGCUGAUCAUGUGACCUGUCAUAUUUUGGUGGAUUUGCCAAUUUGUUUUUAGGUUUAAUUAGGAUAGUAGGUAGAUGUUGUAGUAAAUAUUAACAGUGUUAAAAUAACAUAUUACAAAAUAAAACGGCUACAGUUGCUAUCCACUCAUUAGAAACAAAUAAGCAAAUCACACAAAAUAUGAUGGGAAAUGUGACCAGCCCAUACCAGGAUAUCAAUUCAAGCCAUGAAGGAAUGCGGAUUGAGAGCCUGUGUACAAAAUUGUCUUAUUUUCCUUUCUCCUUUUUGUCAUUUGCACAUUGUGCAAUUUUAAAAGUAAAUGCACUGGUCCUAUCAAAUCAAAUUUUUUAUGAGAGCAAAUUAUAAUUAUUUGAUUUGCAUACCCUUGUUGGAAUGCAAAAAGUGCUUAACCAAUAAGACUUUACAUCAGCAACAACCUAAAUGAAUAUUAAAAAUAAAAUAUACAUGUAAAAAAAUUGAAUUAAGCAUGCAAAACAAUAUAUAGAGGGCAAACUUACUCAAAUAUGAUUAGCUGAUCAUGCAGGCAUUUUUUAAAAUGCAUCCCAUGCAUGCAAAUUCGUGGAUAAAUCAGCAUGAUACAUAUGUCAUUUGGCGUAAAACUAAAACUCCUAAAAAUCAUGGCACUUAAAUUCUGUGUUUGUUUGAACAAAGUUUGUUGAAAUCUACCAUUUCAGACUUUUCAGUGCACAUGUUUUUCAGUUGGUUAAAAUGACAUUUAGCAGGGUUCUUCAUAGCAUCUUAUAUGUAUGUUUGUGCUAUAUAUAAUAUAUUUAUAAGGAAAUUUUACCCUCUGUAGUAUUAACAUAUUAUCGCAUGGGUCCUCGUAAAAUUAAGGUUUAACCUCGUGUGUGCUUUCGAAGUUCAUAAAGUUCAUAAAACACUCAUGAAAUUACUGUAAACCUUAAUUUCCCUCGGCCCAUGCAAUUACUUAUACUAAUAUCAUUUUAGUCAAUUUACUCAAUUCUGAUGGGUUAAAAACCGGGCCAAUUAAACAAUAAUCGCACAGGUGUGCCGACACGGGUAUGAGCCCGAAUGCAUCAAACACAAAUCCCAAAAUCAACAACUUGAAAAUUUACAUAGUAUGUUUAAAUAUUAAUGAUGAAGAAGAAAUAAAGAUUAUUCACAGUUUUUCAAUGGUAUGAACUGAAAAUUUAUGUCACAAAUUAUUCUCAAAAUUGACAAAGGCGCAUAUGGCUGUGCUCGCUUGACUACAAUAAUAUAAUGAUUGUUUGUGUAAAAUUGACUGUACAAUGAUAUUAAUAGGAAAUUACACUUGUUCUCAAUGUAUUAAUGAAAAAUCACGCAUGCAAUUUUCCAUUAAUACUUCUCGAACAGUGUAAUUUCCUAAUCCAAAUUAAAAGUGUUGGUCAGUCAGACAUCUGUAAUACAUCAGUACAGGUAUGACUGGACAUGUAAAUUCUAACAGAUAGUACAAUAAAUAACUAAUACAGAAAAUAUAACAAAAGCGAUCGGAAAAUUAUGUUAUCGCUGUGCAAUCGAACAAGAAAAUUACCUCAGAGUCAGGCUUUCUCUUUUUGGGAGAAACACUAGAAGAUGGGCUGGAGCAACUAGACCUCUUGAGCUUCGCUGGACUUCUUCUCAAAAAGGAAGCGUGAAACUCGAGAGACUUCCUAGCAGGCGGAACAUCACAUGUAUCAUCACAGUCAAGUUGAUGGUCAGAAUGAUCGUCACACUCAAUCACUGAGCUUACUAAUGAGAUACUUUCAUCACAGCUAAGUUGACUGAUGGAUAAAGGAGUAGAUCUUUUUUCGUAUAUCACACUACAUGUAGUUCCCUCACUUGUUGAAGGUGAACAAGCAGCAGGUACAUCUAAUGGGCACUUAAUGCCAUCGCCAUCGAAAACCUGCAAAUUAAAAAUUUAAUUGGAAACAAAGCUCAUAUCAAUGACCAUGAUCAUUAAUUCUGUAGCAAAGCAAAUACCUGCACAUAGUUUUGAACAGACUUAACAUAAGUUUUGAGCAAAAGCUACAAAUGCAGGGAUUCCUUUUAUAACUACAUUGCAGACCUGCCAAGUCUCACGAUUUAAUCGUGAGACUCACAAUUUUUUAUGCUUUCUCACGAUCUAUCGAUUAAGUCCCCAAAUCUCACAAUUUUCGGGAAAAUCUCUUCUAAAACCACAAGUAACACAUCAGUGGAAAAAAGAAAUAUGCUAUUAUUUCAGGGAUCGAAAUUUAAAUUUUUGUACUAUACACCCGGAAUAGUAGUUUUUAUAUUUACUAUUCCAUCUGAAGAUCCACUAUUCCUUAAUGUAUACUGUUUCUGUUCAUGCAGCUAACUGUCCUGAUUGGGCGUGUGUUAUUCAAACUGGAGAUCCGACAGGGGAAGCAAUUGGAGCACCAGGUUUUGCUGACGAUGAUUAAAAUCUGUCACGAUAGACUCUUUAGUUAAAAAAUACUACAAAAUUAUUUUAUAUUGACAAUGAACAUCCUAGAAGAUACAAAUAAUUAUGUAAAAUGCGCCCUAGUAAACCGAAGGUUUAAAAUUCAAUUGAAAUUCGUACAGUGUAUUUCCGAGAAGUGUUUAUUGAGUAUGGGCAACUUGACUUUCGAAACCACUUGGACUUUUUGCCGUAUUGGCCUUUGACGGCAAAUUUGGCAAUCCACCUUUCCGACUCUCUACAACACGUGUCAUUCCACGUGCGUCAAAUAACCGGAAAUCGGACAAACAAACUCGAACAAGAAUACAAUUUAGUAUAGCGAGAGUGACUUAUCGCGUUAUUUAAAUGAUAUUAAAAGUUGGAAAAGCGAUGGGAUAAAGUUUAAAAGGUUGAAUUUAGCUGCAGACAUGUCGUACAGUAGUUCAGGCUCAAAGAUGUCCGUGAGCGAUCUUAGUAAAGCCUUUUAAAAGAUAUAUUUUUCAUUUAUCGAGCGACUCUGACACUGUGCUUAACAAUAUUAAAACGACAAAGUCAAAGUAUUUAUAAACAUGGUAAAACGAUGCGCAUGGGGAACUUGUAACAGUGAUUCUAGAUACCCGGAACGUUUAGUAAAUGAAGUAGAAGGAACAACAGUUACAUUUCAUCAUUUUCCGACGGAGAUAAGGGACAAGGAACGAAGAAAAACGUGGAUACGUGCGUGCUGCAGGAAAGAUGGCUUCGUUUGUACAAAGGACAGUUAUGUUUGUAGUCUUCAUUUCGUUGACAAGAAAGGCCCCACGGAAGAAUAUCCCGACCCCAUUUCAGCGACAGCUAGUAGAGAUACGGUAAGCAUAUGGUCUAUGGAUAAGAAGUUAAAUUUUUAUGCAAAUGUAUACAUUUGAAUGAUAUGCGUUUCAUCAACAUAUUGAACAAUAUUGACACCAUAUUGUUUUUGUUAUAAAUAGAUCAAGCGAUUGAGCAGAAAGAGGAAGCCUCCUUCGACUAGAAAAGCAUGUGGUAAACGAUUUAGAACAGCUCACGACAAAUCAGCAGCGGAAUCGCUGUUUUCUCUUUCGUCAGCUACGCCUGCUGUUGGGAAAAGUACAUAUGAGCUAAAUGUGGCAGAAACUUUAAUAAAUUUAAGCAAAGAUGCAGUUACACAUCCUACUAUAAAUACAGAGUCCGAGAAUACAGCCACAGAAAUUAUGGAAGAAGAUCAACUGCAGGGCAUAAAAGAAGCAUCAACAGCAACCUGUGAUUCCCAAGUAAGCUAUAGUUAAAAAGGCUUUUAAUAAAUCAUUUUAGGACUAUAUUUAAUAAAUAAAGUAUCAUAUUUAAGUUUUUAUCUUGAUGUUUUAUUAAAGACAACUGUUUCAAUGGAAGAUUUCAACAUGUAUAGUAUCCUGAUAGUGUGUUACUCAACAAGAAAGAAAUGUCAAGGGCAUUAUUUUUGGAAAAUGUUGAAAAUCCCAAGAAGACAGUGCACUACACAGGUAUGUUGUGUGACUAUGGUCUACUGCCACCAAGUUCCCCCGCCUCGGAGCUCUGCAUGGUGAGUUGUGUUGGUCAUGUGCGCCGCCCACCCAUCAAUAUACAUUAUCUAGUUGCUUGACUACUGUAUUUGAAUUGUAAUUAUUGCUGACAGUUCGUUUAUCAGCAUGUUAUUAUUCAAAUUACUGUAACUCAUUUUGUCUCUAAUGUUUUUUUGCUUUAUCAUGAAAAAUAGCACUCCCUCGGCCAGGGCUGGGGGAGGUAUCAAGGGUUAAUAUUGCCUGGUCAUUUAUGGAAUUAAAUAAUUUUCUCUUUUAGGUUUGGAUUCAAGUGUUCUACGUGCCAUACUGCCAUACAUAAUUUGGUUUAGGAGAAGGCUUCUAGACUUCACAUGUGGAAAGGUAAAAAGAAAACAAAGGAAAAAUAUAUUGGAAAAGUAUAUAUUGAGGUGAGCAAAGUUUUCAAUGGUGACAAGGUGCCUUUCAGUCCUAUUGUAAUUAGUACACGUAUGAAGUCAUAAUUUAUUUUUAUUUUUAGCAAAAGAAAAAAUUUUCCAAAUUAUCCACCUGGGAACAGUUUAUUAUUACGCUGGUAAGAUUACGCCGAAAGAUCACCAUUGAAACACUGGCAGAUUUAUUUGGAAUUUCAACUGGUUCUACGAGCAGAAUUAUAAUUACAUGGAUAUUGUUCUUAGAAAAGGAACUAUCAUUCCUGCUGCAUUUCCCAACUCUCUCUGAAUUGGAUGGUAUACAGUAUCCGAAAGCAUUUAGAGGCAUUCCUGACUUACGAGGAAUUAUUGACUGCACCGAGUUUUAUAUUGAAACACCUAACCGUUUGCCAAGCCAAAGAUCUACAUACAGCACAUACAAAUCACGGAAUACCUUUAAACUACUUGUGUCCAUUUCUCCUAUUGCUCACUUUAAUUUUGUUUCAAAUUUGUUUAGUGGUAGCAUAAGUGAUAAGGAGAUUAUAAGGCAAAGUGGAUUUUUAGAUAAACUGCAGCCUGGUGAUGCGAUAAUGGCUGAUAAGGGAUUUAACAUCCAAGAUCUACUAGCUUUACGGGAGACGAGAUUAAUUGCUCCACCCAUUAUGAGAAAAGGUACAGUGUCAUCGAAAGCUUCGACCAUCACAAGACGAAUUGCCAAAAGUCCGCAUCCAUGUUGGAAGAGCAAUUAGAAAAUUAAAAUGCUUUAGUAUACUGAGAGGUGUAAUCCCGCUUACUGUGAAACCAUAUGUUACUUCUAUAGCUAAAGUUUGUGCAGCUCUUGUAAACUUGCAACCAAGCAUCAUAGAGCAUAAUAAUGAUGAUGAUGAUGAUAUAGAAUAUAUAUAAAAAAGUUACUAUGGUAAUAUUUUAUAUAGAAAUGGACCCAAUUAAUAUAAUUUAAUUAAAAUUCAUUAAGUUACAAUUCUUAAUGUUGUACUUUUCCAUCGACAUCGGUAUUUGCAAAUGACGCCUCAAAGAUGUUCUCUUUUGUUCAGCUUCAUUAGGGCUGAACCAGUCAUGCACAUUUUCACAGUAACCAUCAGGGCUUGAUUCAUAAUUUCUAAGUCCUAAUGAAAAUUUAAACAGUUACAAAAGACACUUUUGAGAGCUCUCCCUUAGUAAAUCAUACUGUACCUGCAGAAAAAGUUGCAGAAAAAAGUAUAUGUAGAAUCCGCAGUUAUUGCUAUAAAAUGGUUGCUGUGGUACCUGCAAAUAGAAUAUAACAUAAAAUUUAUACCAAAUUAAUAAUUAUGACAAUGAUCAAGUACCUUCAAUAUUUUAUGUGAAAUCAUCUGACGCUUUUGUGGAAGAUGAAACUUGACAUUCAGAUGUUGCAGGAAACUAAUAAGACCAACAUAAUGAAUAAGAAAAAUGGUAUGAAAAACAAUUAGUUCAGAAAUUAAUUCAGUACCUUACAAUGGUGGUUAUUUCAUGUCCCCUGAUGUUUAUAUCCCAUGUCAGUGAAUCCAUUAUUAAAAUGUGCCAUGGGGUUAUAGCAGCCAACAACCAGUGAUGACUAUAAAUGAAAUAAAAUCCAAUAAUAUAAGAAAAUAAAUAGGAAUUAAUCCAAAAUCUUAAAUCUAUAAGAAAUGAAGAUUGUGCAAUCAAAUGUAGCUUUUACUUUCUGUUUAUUGGAAUGAACAGGUAGUCUUGGUCAAGCAUAUCUGGUUUGAUGAACAUUUCUGCUCUUUCAUUUCUUUCAUUUCUAAGAAAAGAUUGAUUCACAAUAUAUUAUAUGCAAUACUACAUAAUGUAACCAUAAUAUAUAAAGUACAACUGAUAUUUUGGUUGAGCAAUAAUCUAUCAACUUAACCUAUUACACUGAUAAUGUAAAUUGUUCUUUGCUUUUCACCUUUUUGCUCCCCACAAAGGACUGUGUAAACAUAUGUGCUUACAAUGGGAAACUGGCAACACAAUUCCCUAAAGAGAAAUUUGUAUGACAACAUUGUAAAUAAAUUUUCAAUGUCUGUUAAAAUUACCAAUUAAUACCGGUGAGUUUAUUUUGUCUUGAACUUCAAGUCAUGGGGAAAAUAUAUUGGUCAGCAGACAUUAGGUGAUUUGUUACAUGCUAAGUUACUUACUCCAUUAAAAUAGAAACAAUGUUGUCAUUAAUCAUUGUUUGAGGUAGGAGGCCAUCGACACAUGAUUGGUAUAUGGUGAUUCCAUUCAGCUUAAUUGAUGGAAUUCCAUCACUGCCCAUCAGUUCACCAUCACUGGGUAUCACUAUUGGUGUACCUGUACUUGUUGGUAACUUGGGUGUUGAAACAAAUGGAGCACAGGGUGACAGCUCACUAACAGGAGGUUUAACAACAUCUGGUUCAAUAUCUUUAUUCCCUAUAAAAAGAUCAUAGUUUACAAUGAAAACUUGUAUAUCCAAACAUGUUCCAGACGAACAACAAAAUUGCUGCAACUUGCAACAUCAGGGCAUGUUGAUUAGAAAUAUUAGCAACACCCAAGACAAUAAUCAACCAGCAAUCUUGUUGCUCGUGGUAACAUCACCUUAAGGGCAGUUAAUUUAUAUGGCCCCCCAAAUUUAACCUUGUCAACCCAUUGAGUCACAUUGCACCCUGAUGCGCUCUACCUUAUUAUUUUACUCUGUCUAAUAUCAGACUAUUUUUACUCUGUCUAACACCAGAUGAUUUUACUCAUCAAGGGGAGAGCGCUGGCGCUUAAUGGGUUAAAGGGUUUAUAAGUAUAUACAGAUUACAGACACACAAUUUUAAUUAGUUUCCUACCUUUAUGUGCAUUGCUCAGCCUGUUUGUCAUGACUGGUAACACAUGGUGCAUCCAAAAUCUUUCAAGCUUUGCAAGAGCAUUUUCCAUACAGGUUUCAUCAUAUGGUAUAGAAACAGACAGGAUACCAUGUUCAGUCCAUACUACAAAGUCGCAACUAUCCAAUUCUGUUACAAACAUCUCUAAUUGAACUUGCAUGUAAUAUCGACUACCACUCUUCAGUGUAAAUGUGUUUCCAUUUAUCUCGCCUCCAAUUUCUGGAGAUAGAAAUGCUUCUUUAGGUGGAAUAUGUCGAUGCUUCCAAGGACAUUUAUAUUCCACAACAACAUCAGGGCAAUUAUCUUCACAACUACAUGUACGAAUGUUGUCAACACUAGCUCCGACAAAGGGCUUUUUUCUUGAAGGCAAAAAUCCUUUAGAAAGAAGGGACAGCUUGUGGUGUUUUUUGCAUUCAACUUUGUAAUAACUGAGGCGCGCACUGUCUUCAUGCUUCAAGCCCCAAUCUCUGGGAUUUUGAGGAUUUUCAUUAACAGUUAAGUUGGAAGAACAGGCUUGCUGGCAUGUUAUUUUUUUAACUAAUGAUGAUACCUUUCUUUCUAACCCUUUAUCCAAACUGUUCUGCAUAUUCACAGAUUGUUGUGCUAUGGAUCCAGUGAUGAAGCCUGAUUUGUGUUUAUACCAUUCCUUCGAUUUCCAUUGUUUCACUGUUGACUUACUGACAGUGUCUAUUUCCUCCUGGGUGUAAGUCAAGUCAGCAAGAAUGUCAACAGAAGAUUCAUUGAGAAAGUUACCACCAGCUCUCUUGUCACAUACAUGUCGCAACUUCUGCUCCAUGAUACCAUACAUUUCUUCCGAUUUAAUCGGGGGGUUUUCAGACUUUAGACUAUUUAUUGAAGUGUUACCACUAGGUGAGUUUUGAGGUUGGCUGUACAGCUUGGUGAGUAGGGGUAAAAUGGUUGGUCUCAUACCAGUUUUCUCCAACGAUUGUGUGAACGUUUGUAUGGCAUCAUUUGUUGGUAAAUCUCGGUCAUUUUCAUGCCUGACAUCAACAUCGAUGUGUUCGCAGUAGACGUGUUCAUUCUUAUGUUUUUUUAGCGGCUGCUCGCAUUUUCCAAUUUCCAGGUCCUUAACAUCACAUGGUCUGCUGUCUGUUGUCGGUUUCUUUGUCCAUGUACAUGGUACGUUGGUUGGACUGUCGUUGUCACGCGUGUUCAAUAAGUCUUCCAACGAAUACAUGAGAGCAGCAAUGUGUUUGCAGCCUCCGUCACGGCCAUCUUUACAUCGUCAUCUCGCUUUCAACACACUGCCUCGAUUAGCCCCUUUGCCUACUAGCAUAAACCAACAAUCGUAAAAUAACUUUCCCUCAUCUGUCUUCUCUUUCAUGGCGGGUUUCACCUUACCCAUGUACAGAUGAACUCCUUCUUUUGACAUUGUCUCCGUUAGAAGUGAUUCAAAUAUCCAUCUUGGAACAACCGAUAUUCAUCAAAGGCUCUGUAAGCUGCUAAACCUUGUUUAUCAUAAUCGCAUGAAUGAAAGAUCAAAUAGUUAAAAAUAUCAUACAAUCCAAACGGAGGUGAAUCGACAAAGUUAUUCACGAGAUUAUGCGAUGCGGAAAACGGAUCACUGAUUUCCAUAUCAUGAAUAAUAAAAUUAUGUAUGUCUUGAUUGAUAUUUCCCUUUUCAAAUUCAAUAACAACGGGAAGCAUCAUUUUUGCAACCACGUUGGCAAUUUCGAUCAAAGCUGGUUUUAAGUAGCCAUUCACACUUACGCCGCGUUCGCGAAGAUAGGUUUUAAGAUCGUUCACGGUCAUGUUUUCGAACAUCUUUGAGCCUGAACUACUGUACGACAUGUCUGCAGCUAAAUUCAACCUUUUAAACUUUAUCCCAUCGCUUUUCCAACUUUUAAUAUCAUUUAAAUAACGCGAUAAGUCACUCUCGCUAUACUAAAUUGUGUUCUUGUUCGAGUUUGGUUGUCCGAUUUCCGGUUAUUUGACGCACGUGGAAUGACACGUGUUGCAGAGAGUCGGAAAGGUGGAUUGAAACAACUAUAAAAUCUACAGUAACUUUAUAAAACCGUAGAUGUUUCAUCACGGAACAAAUCAAUGCGAUGCAUAUAAAUCUCCUGUUGCGUUUAAUAAAUUGCGCCUGAAUGACAAUCAAAAACUGCAAAAGCUCGCGUUUAGUGGUUUCGCUUCAGAGUUUAAGCGUACUGCAAUGCACAUCAAAUUAUUGGGUACUUGACGAUCUGGCCAGAUUGACUACUUAUCAUACUCCAAACUAUACCUAAGUAUUUGAAUUAAGUAUUAAACCUAUAUAACUGGCACUUCUAUACGGUUUGUUGUUAAGGUAUGUAGAGCGCGUUAUGCACUCUAUUAAUUAAGACAUGCAUGCAUGCUUGCAGUGUAUAUCUCUUUUAUGUCCUGAGAAGGCGCUUUAUUCUGUGAUGCAGUAAAUAUAUGGCGUAUUUACUCCGAACUCAAUGUUCAGUGGCAUUGUUUACUGGUCUCCAGACGCGCAAUGUAUUUUGAAAAUAUAUUUGCUAUGGCGCGUCUGGAGAUGAACUGAACUGUAAUUUAGAUGUUAAAAACACCAUAAUUAUUCACUGUACACCAAAGAAAAAAUCGCCUCAUGCAAUAAUAUUAGUAGGAAUGUAUACAGGUACCUAUCAUUACUGUACAUUACGACUUAUAUAUUUAUUUAAAUAAACAUUAGUUUCAUUUUGUAAAUACACGGGUAUAUAGGUGGAAAUAUAAAUGGGAUUUUUUCAUAUUGAACGUGUGUUGUUUGCAUUUGUUUGACUAGCUAGCUAGCUAUAUGUGUAGACUGUAGUGAAUAUAAUCAUUAGAAAUUAUAUUUUUGUUGCGAGUUGAGCUUGUAAUUGCAUGGAAUUCAGUUUUUUUCGUGUAUUUACAUGGAAUAGGUUUUAUAUAUAAGUAAGUAUACAAGUAAGAGCCAGCUAACGAAUAAAGAAAAGCUGCAUUAGUGCGAAUAUAAUAGGUUAAUUAAAGAUAGUUAAAUUUGCAUUUACGCAAGGUUUAAUCAAUAUUUUAAGGCGAUUAAUUUAUACUUAUCUCAUCCUUUAUCGGCUUUAAACAAUGGAUUAAAGUUACUUUUAAUACUCUUUAACCAACGAAAACAUUUAUGAUUAAAUUCGCCUUUAGUCAAAUACGUCACAGAUAUUAAAGGCGAAUAUACGUUCCCUUAAACCGCAUUAAUCUGUAUUUCAAACACUCAUUAAUAAUUCAUAAGCUUAUUGGCAAAUCAUGUCAACUAUAAUAUGUCACGUGCAGUGGCUUUAAACCUAACAAGACGCCGACUCGGCGUUAACCUCGGGUCGGUGGAUAGGGGAUCGUCUGGUAAAUAUCCAAAAAUUGUGUAAAUCACGAUAGUUUAAUAGUUCACUAGUAUAAAUGGUGAAUCAGUUAAUCAAAGCUCCGUUUUAAUAUUUUAUUGAUAAUAAUUACUGGCCCUCAUCAAACCUAUUGUUUUCUCUCUGCAUUAUAUCAGCGAAUGUCGAGAAGUUUUCAUUUAACGUUCUACUGAAAAACAGGAGCGGCCUUUUUGGUUGUAUAGGGAAAUUCCGGCUCAGGAGUAAAUGUUUAUACGCGUCAUAUUCUAUGUACGCGUUAAAAUAGCACACAACAUUAUUAAAAAUAAUGCAGCGUGCAUCAGUGCACACAGACAUUAUUAGCAAUAAUGCAUCUUCGUCACCCUGACAUGUACACGCGAUAACGUGAACAUCCCAAGAUGAGAAGGUGACAGUGCUAAAGGCCCCCCAUACGGUGUCGUCGGGUGCCUGAAGCACUGUUGGACACGGUCGCUGUGAGUCUUUUCAGUUCAAUUUUAUAGAGAAAUAGUUACGUUUGCGCUUGUGGGAUUUUAUCCUAGAUAUACGCAUGUGCAGAAUACACCAUAAGUUCUAUUCCCGUGUUUAUCCAAUGCUAUUUGAGUAAACCUUAUCAUUAAUGAUAAUAUGUAAACUAGAACACUAUAAUUGACCUCCGCUUGUGGAGAUUUUAAUUUAGGGCGAUUAAUUAAACUGAAAUCUGUUCUAUCACAAUGCACUACAGUGCCUAUGGUUAUGUCUAUAUGCAUGUCAAAUGUCUAGUGUAACGUUGGAUAGGUUCAUUGUCAUACGGUCCCGACAAGCAGCAACGUACAGUAGUCUUCCAGCCGAAAAUAAUUACUUUUGAUUCGGGUCAGUAAUUAUAAUAGAUAACAAGUGAAAGUUGGCCGCGGUAUUCCCAUGCUAUGCAUACGAUGUAUUGUGUAUUAUAUCAACAUAUACUCGAGAAUAGUUAUCCAGCUAAACAUGUAUGUCAAAAUUAUCACAUCUUCUGGUUUAUCAAAUUAUCACAUCUUCGGAUUUUGUGCAAGGACAGCUUCGGGUUCCGUUUCGCUUUGGCCGAUGCUUGUCGAAAGUACACUUAUUUACCGGAAGUUGUCGUCUCCUCCGCAGGCCCUUCGAUCUUCGACUACGCGCGCGGCUCGACACAAAUGAAAAACAAGAAAAAAAAUAGGAGCCGAAUUUAAGACCUCGGUGUCGUACCGACCCGAGGUAAUAAACAUACACUACCAUAUUACAUGAUAAUGAUAUUUUGUGCGUUCAUAACUGCUAUAGAGCACUCGAUAUCGUAAAUAUAUUGCAACUAAUAGUAGUUUCGGUUACAUAUAAUUAAGUUGCACUGCAGUCUGUUUUAUCCGAUAAGGAAUCUGCACCUGGAUGCAACAAGCUGUAGUAGCAACUUUUAGGCAAGCUAGACCAUGUACUGUAUAUGGCCCUUAUCUUUAAGAUAUAUGUAUAUGAUAAACAGCUAGAAGGAAGAAUUUAUGUCAGAUAAGAACGACCCGAGCAUCCGAGGGCAUUAUAUACUGUAUAUCACAUAAGGCUCUUUCUCGGUUUUGUCAUAUUUAAUUCAUGAUUGAGGAGGUUUUCCUACAAAAUUUUAUCAGUUUCGCCUGCUUUGAACGACGAUUUUCUGAGUUUUCUUUCAUCUUUUUACGGCUAAUUAAUAUUCAAGGUGAUUAUUAAAAAUAAUCACCUCGGUACAUCAAACUGAAAACCGACUCAAUCAUGAAUUAAGUACUAUUUAAUAAAUGAGCAGGAGUGUUUUAAUUAGGUUUAAAAUCACGAGCGUGCAGCGCAAGUGACUUUAGACCUAAUAUAAAACACGACCUGCGAGUGGCUUUAGACCUAAUAUAAAACACGACCUGUUCUUUAUAUAAAGAAUACUAACGAGGACACAAGCACAAUAGAUACUGCCUUAUUACUAUUUUUUAUAUAAAGAAUACUAAUUAGGAGUGUUUUAUCAGGUUUAAAGCCACUGCACUUGACAUAUUAUGGUUGACAUGAUUUGUUUGAAGACGUAAUGAGCAUAUUAAAUAUAUUUGUGUAUUAAAAUAAUGUAGAUAUUAUGAAAGUAAAUCUGUUGGAUAUGAAGUUAUGUAGCUAUAUAUAUGCAGAGCCCCGCUGUUUCAAACAGCAAAGGGAAAAAAG